AUGGCCAAGAGAGAAUCAAACUCAGAGUCGGAGGCCAAACAGCCCACACGCGGAGUCCGGGCGCGGACAGCCCAACAACAGGCACAACAAGAGUUCCUAUCCAAGCACAUCAAUUCGAACGGACCCCAGGAUAAAGUGAAGAUUGAUCCACUAGACUUUAAUGCGUUUACGGCUGACGAGCUAAACAACUAUUCAAAGCGGUACAACUUGGGAUUCCCCGAGUGCCAGAGCUUGAAAUUGGACGUAUUGAACUCCGAGAUCGGCAAGAAGACGUUGAGCUCCAAGAAACACAAUAAGGGGAAGCGGACUGAAAAGAUUGAAAAGUACGAGUUGUCACAUAACUUGAAACAGCACUUUUUGAGUCUGCUGGUGAAGGAGAAUGAGGUGAUUACCAAUUUUUUGUACAAGGUGCGUAAUGACGAUAAGGAUUUUAAGUUGGAGUUUAAGUAG